AUGAUUGCUAAAGCGGACAGUAAAGACGGAAAAGUCAAGACUUUUGACACGCUUUCCAUCCCCCCGUUUGCUGGAACACAGCCUGUGACAGGUCGAUACCAACGUCGAACUCAGCUUCAAUAUGCAUGUCUUGCCACAAUUGGGCUAUUCAGCUUUUACAAUUCGAAGAAUAGCCGGGUGCGGGUAGCAGGGCUGUCAUGUCUCUUUCCUGGAGCUGGCUUUCUUGCGGUUGGGGGCUUCCUUGGAGCCAUUGGCCUUGUUCUUUCUGUCGCUGUCAUACCUCUCUCACUCUUCGCGUGGUUUGGAGCCGGAGGACUGGCAUUCGUCCUGGCCAACUGGAUCAUACCGGGCAUCAUCUCCACCGGUAUUGCUGGAGAUACCGUAUGGGAGCCGGCCGGACCGAUUGUCAUAGUGUUCAUGAUUGGCCUUAUUUCGUACAUGUUCUACACGGCCCACCAGCGCCAUUCGACGGCAGUAAGGCUUGGCCAAAAGAGGAACUCCAUAUUAGACAAAGAGGACGCAGCUUGGAAAGCUCGAGCUGUGCCGAGGCCUGCCGAAGACAGCGAUCGCGAGCUUUCCCUCGAAGAUCUGCGAUUGUUCCAGCAUUUCGUGCAGAUUGCUCACCAAGAAAUGGAUGACUGGUCCAAUUUCGUUCGCAUCGAUCAGUUUCAGACGUCUGCCCUUCGCUAUCAACUGUACAAUCUCCAGUGGACACUUGCAUACGUGCAGAAGUUCUACAUGCCAAACUUCCAGGGCUACAUCAAGGAGGGCCAGGAGAAAGUAAUCGAGAAGAGCACGACCGAAGAUGUCAUGAAUUAUUGGAAAUGGGAGUCUUUGUGGGGGAAAUUCACGUUGGACUGGGACCCGGUUAAACGCGACAACAUCAUGAUGACAGGCUACAUGCUUCUCUGCCUAGCUCUUUACGAGAAGCUCAACGGGGAUGACCGGUACUGCAAGGCAGGCUCGCUGAACUUUCGCAUUACGGAAAAUGCCCAGUACCAUCAUGACACGAAGAGCAUAUUCGAAGCCUUGAUGAUGAAUUGGGACAAAUGUUCGUACACGUUGUUCCCGUGCGAGCCCAAUUGGAUCUACACUUUGUGCAACCUCGUGGGCAUGCAGGGCGCCUUAGCAUAUGAGGUUCUAAAUCACACUGGUCGUGUGGGUCCACUUCUCUCGGAGCGCUAUCAUCGCGCAUUUGAGGAAGAUUUCAUGAAUCCAGACGGUAGCAUUGUUACGCUACGCUCCGCAAUCACUGGCUUCCCCGUCAUCGGCCUUGCUGGUGUUAUCGGCGACAUUUCCGGCUCACUUGCGUGCAACGCAGCGAUGCCAAAUCUUGCUCGCAGAUUGUGGCUCGUUGCCCGCGAGAACCACGUCCGGAAGAACGAGGACGGAAAAUACUACAUCGACAACUUGGUUGGUGCCGACAAGAUCGACGUUGGCAAUUACAAGAAGGGAUCCGGCUUCGCCGUCUCCACCUUCGCCAACUGUGCUGCUGAGUUUGGCGAGGUUGAUCUUGCCAAAGAUUUGGUCGCAAGUCUCGAGGGUGGUCAGCACCCGAUAGUCAACUCUCCGACUGGAAACGGCGCCAUCAUGAACGAAGGGAUCUCAAUGCUUGGGUGCUCGAACAUUUUCAAGGCCCGCACUAUGAAGCAGGGUGACUGGGCAAAACUCAUCAACAGCCCACAAGACGAUGUCGCCUUGAUGGCGCCGAAACUUGACAGAGUUCCGUUCCCAAAGGUCAUGGUCGCCAAAUGCCACGCGGUUGGGAAGGAUGGCUUGCACUUCGUAUUGAGGAGCUCCGAGCGAGGCUUGGACUGCAGCAUUGGCUUCAAGGACCUCAAAUCUGGAAAGGCGUAUCGCUUGCUGUCGAUUGAGGAAGGUGGUGCGGAGAAGGAGGUACCGAGUGCCAUCAAGCCAGAUGCGAACGGCGAGGCUCAGGUUCAGGUUCCCGUUGGUAACCGGAGUGUUUUCAAACUUGAAAUGAUGGGUUAA